UCGUUGUUUUCGUAUUCGAGAAGCGAUGACGAUCGACUAUUCGUCAUUCGGUUCUAGCCUCUUUUGACAAUACUACGGCCAUGUGAAUCUCUCACCAAAACACCACACAAAAUCUCUCGUUAUUUUCAUUCUCCGCUUAACAAGUAUGUCCAAAAAGUCUAAAUUUUAGUCUACAGAAGUAAACCGCACAUAUCGGCAAGCCUCUCGCCAGCAAGCAAAGAGGAUGAACGGAUUCAGGACUCUAUUCCUACAGGACUUGGCAUGCGCGUUGACGAGCAAGCCCUUUCAGUAUGGAUCCGCAUGUCAACUACACACGGGUUCGUCGUGUCGUCGAUUUUGGAACUUUUUCGAUUUUCCGAAAAUGGAGGAAUCGCUCUCCAGAAUAGAAAAAAGCUCGAAAGAUCUAAGAAUUCCAUGUGCAUCCGCACCUCGAGAACCCGUGGCCACGUCGACGGGCUCGUCGGUUGCGGGAAACGUUCGACGGUUGCCAAGCACGGGCUUCGGUUUCGAUGGAAAUACGCCGGUGUACCGUGCGACCUGUAACUUUCACAAACCCUUCGCCAAACGAAAAGUCGAGGAAACCUCGUUGCUCGACGGGAAUCCCGUCCCGAGGAAUCUCAAGUUAAAGCUCCAGGGAUACAAGAUGCUGGAGAGCGAAUUCGAAGGAUUCGGAAUGGCAGGCCUCGGGGAAGAGAGGAGCACCGAGGACGUUUUCGAAAUACGAGGAGACUCGAAAAUGAGAGAGAAUUCGAUACAGAGUCGAUCGGCGGCGAAGGAGGCGGAAAGGGAAGAGAGGGCAAGGGAAACGGCCCGUAAGGACGAAUCCGUAAACUUGGCUCAAGACCCAAGACUCUCAGGCGAGUCAAAGAACGGCACGGUUCCGUUGCACUCGCAAGCACCGAGACCACCCUCGAUACCGCCGCCUCCUUGCUGUCCACCCCCCUUGCCAGCACCCUCGCCUCCAGCUGAUCCCCAAUGUCCAUCCCGUGAGCCUCGCUGUCCCUCGAAGACUCCCGCAGAGGGCUGGUCUCCUCCGAAUUCGCAUCCAGAGAAACCGACGUGUCCACCUCCGUGUCCCCGAACCUGCACGACGACUCCUUGGGAAGGCGCAGGACAAGACUGCGAAGGUCCUUGGUCAGUGUCAGGACCUUCCUCGCUUGGAACGGCGAGCCAGUCGCCGCCAUCACUGGCAGUGUCCUUCCCAAAGGAACCACUGAGAUCAGUGGAUGCCGCCUGCCCUUUGUCUCCUGCUGCGCCGACUUCCUGCUCGGGAGGCACGCGAAUUCCUAGCGCGUCGGUGGCAAUGCCAUCUCUGCGUCUUAAGGAAUCAAGGACCUCGCUCAAUUCUAUAGCAUCCGGACGAUCAGUUUCCGGUCUCUCGUCCAUCGGCUCGGUCGGAGUCCUGACCAAUUCCAGCGGGCAAUCGGCGCUCCCACGUACCGCGCGGUCGCUUCCGGGAUUGCCGAGGGAAUCGAAGAAAGCUUCCGCAGCGUUUACCGCAAAGUCCCAAUCGUCCUGUAGCGCGCGGAACGACUGUCCCAAGAGCAAGAGCAAGAGCAAGAGCAAGAGAAAGGAGCCAUCUUGCAAGAAGAAGGUGGAUCGAUGCAAGCGAAAGGGCUGCUUCGACGAUGAAAAAGAUUCGCUGUGCACGAAUAAAGGUGAAUGCCCGGAAAGGAAGAGACCUCGAAAGAAGAAAUCUCGUAAGACGAGGAAAACGUGCAGCGCAAGAGUAAGCAAGCCUCCCGCAAGAGAAAGAAAGAGCAAGUGCAAAGAGAGAGCCCGAGGGAGCUCGAGCUGCGGCAGCACCGCCCCCGCCGUCUGUCCCCGAGGAUCCACGGACGAGACGUGCAGCACCAAGAAGCCGCAGUGCCCUGCCAGAAAGAGGAGCAAAGGCAGGAAGGACGCCGGUACCAGGAAAGGUCCCUCCUGUACCAGGGAACGGGACAGGUGCAAGAGAACCAGAGAAAGAUCCUGCGGGAGCAGCAAAUCCUCCGCGAGGAGUUCCAGGUCGCCUUGUAGCCCGAGGAGAGCGCCGUGCUCGAAGGAAAAGCGAAAGAGCAGCGUCUGCAAGAGUUACGUGUGUCCUGGGAAUGUAGGUCCUGAAACCUGCAGCACGAAUAAACCUCAAUGUCCGCGAAGGAAGAAGAAGUCAGCAUCGAAGAGAAGAAGAUCCUGCUCGCGCAGAAGCGACAAGUCCUGCGCUCCUGGGAGACGCGGCUCCUGCGGCUCAAGGUCCUUUUGCAGCCAUGUUCCCGGACGCCUUUCUCCGAUACUUGGAAGAUUCUAUGGCCGUGACGUGAGCGCCGGGAAGGAUGAUGUCAAAUGUGGAGAGGACAUAUUCGCAAGAAAGUAUCCAAAGCCAGGACCCAAGUGCAAGAAAUCGAGGAGAGAGGGGGAGAGGGACGUGUCCUGUCAGCGAGCGACGAGGACCUCGUCCUGCGAAGGAGGAAGAGGCAAGAAGUCUCAAGUAAAUUCGACGAGAGCGAAGAAGGACGACGUGCAGUCCGUAAAGGAUCAGUUAGCCAAGGAGAGGGAGGAGGUGAAAAAAUGCAAGGAGGGAGGUAGCAGGAAAAGGACAACGAGCGAAGCGAGGAAGCAGUCCUGCGCGAGUGAGAAAGCCAAAGCCAUAAGAGUAAGAGAGGAUGCUGGAUCCAAGGACGGCGCAGGAAAGCCGGAAACUGGAGUGGAUCGCGUUAUCAGUCCAUGUAAGCUCAAGAAAGCUGGCCCUUGUAAGGAUACGAAAUCCUCGAAAAGUAAAGCAAAGGAGAAGAAGAAGGGGGGAGAGGGAAAGAGGUGCAGUGCAUCGGCCAGUGACGUCAAAUGCAUCGUGCAAUGUGCACCCAAGCAGCUCCUGGAAACGACGAUGUCUCACGUGGAGCUCCUAAGGAAAUACAGUGGUGGAAGCUGUCGGAUAGAAAGUUCAAAGGACACGUCGCUCCGUAUCCCAGGGAGCCACGAGCGGCCUGUCCUCGAGGAUGAUCGAUGAUCGACGCGGAAGGUAGAUUUCUAGGUAAACACACAGUGAACCUGCCAUUGGUGUUAAAGGAACGAGAGGCACCGCGAAUCCUUUUAAACUUACAAGCCUAAUAGUCAAAGAAAUAUUUUUCUAUCCUGUCAUCGUGUCAAUAUUGUUGCCAAAUAAUCAAAUAAUCAAAUAAUCAAAUAAUCAAAUAAUCAAAUAAUCAAAUAAUCAAAUAAUCCAGUAAUCAAAUAAUCAAAGAAUAAAAAAAAAUACAUUGUAAACAAUUAGCAGAAUAGAAUAUAUUGGGCAAAGAAAGUUAAUGAAAAAUAUGGCUGCGUUUCGUAUAGGAUAGGGAGCAAGCAGGUAGGAGAGAUUGAAAAGUACUUGAGGUAACGAAAAAGACGGAACGAAGGAAAUAA